UUCUUCUAAGAUUGCUCAAUAAACCGAACCAUACUCAUGGUAGCUUAGCUCCUACACCUUAUCAAGUUUCGUUUCCUUCUUCUUCCUUUCAAAUCCCUUUCAAUAGCUUUUGGCACAUUCAAUACCACCCCAUAUGAUAAAGAUAAAAACUUUACACAUUUAUAUGUUCAUAUAGUGCAUACUUUACAACAUGGCACUUCAAUACUCAUCUUCAAGUUGGAGAUUGACGUUAUCCAUGAUGGGAAAACUUGCCUUGUGCUUCCUUGUGUUGUUGAGUGGUGCAAGAUUUUCAUCUGCCAGAUGUUUGAUGAAUAGAACAAGAGAAGGAGGGUUGAUGAAUGUGAAGAUGAUGAUGUCUAGAGAGCAACAUAGAAGAAACCUGGUUGAGAAUGGACUUGGCCAAACACCCCCUAUGGGAUGGAAUAGCUGGAACCACUUUUCCUGCAACAUUAACGAAGACUUAAUUCGAGAAACAGCUGAUGCUAUGGUGUCAACUGGCCUUGCUGCUCUCGGUUACCAAUAUAUUAAUAUAGAUGAUUGUUGGGGAGAACUUAAUCGAGAUUUACAGGGAAAUUUGGUUCCAAAAGCCUCAACAUUUCCUUCAGGAAUGAAGGCUCUUGCUGAUUAUGUUCAUAAAAAAGGUUUAAAGUUGGGGAUCUAUUCUGAUGCAGGAAACCAAACAUGCAGCAAAACUAUGCCUGGAUCACUAGGACAUGAAGAGCAAGAUGCAAAAACAUUUGCUUCCUGGGGGAUUGACUACUUGAAAUAUGAUAAUUGUGAGAAUAACAACAUAAGCCCCAAAGAAAGGUACCCUCCAAUGAGUAAAGCUUUGUCAGACACUGGAAGGCCAAUUUUCUUCUCUUUGUGUGAAUGGGGAUCAGAAGAUCCAGCAACUUGGGCCAAAAGUGUGGGAAAUAGUUGGAGAACAACAGGAGACAUUGAAGAUAAGUGGGAUAGUAUGAUAUCUCGUGCAGAUCUGAAUGACAAAUGGGCUUCUUAUGCUGGACCAGGAGGAUGGAAUGACCCUGACAUGCUAGAAAUUGGAAAUGGAGGCAUGACAACAGAAGAAUAUCGUGCUCAUUUCAGCAUAUGGGCACUGGCUAAGGCUCCUUUAUUGAUUGGUUGUGACAUUAGAACACUGGAUGCCACCACAAAAGAUUUGCUAAGCAACGAAGAAGUUAUUGCAGUAAACCAAGACAAGCUUGGAGUUCAAGGAAAGAAGGUGAAAAGUAAUAAUGAUUUGGAGGUUUGGGCUGGUCCUCUGAGUAAUAACAAGUUAGCAGUGAUAUUAUGGAAUAGAAGUUCAUCCAAAGCAAAAGUUACUGCAUCAUGGUCAGAUAUUGGCCUGAAACCAGGAACUGUAGUUGAUGCAAGAGAUUUAUGGAAGCAUUCAACACAAUCAUCUGUCUCCGAAGAAAUAUCUGCUGAAUUAGAUUCUCAUGCUUGUAACAUGUAUGUCCUGACUCCUAAAUAAGUUGUUGACUUCAUGAGUCAGAAAAUACGGUAAAAACAGAAAUCAAGAGAAAUAAAUGCACCGACAAUGAUUGGGUGUUCCACAGAAGGAAAAGGAAAUGAACAGGAUAUUAAUUUAUCAGUAGAAAAUACAAAAAAAAAAAAAAAUACAUAUUAUUUGUUAUC